AAAUUAUUUGACGCAUGAUCAAACCGGAAAUAAAGGCGUAGGCAGGAAGGAGAUUUUAGCUUUUCUAGGAGUAAGAAACUGAAAAGCGAUGUUGUGGUCAUGUAACCCAACCGCAAUUCCUCUCAACCGUUCUAUUACCCUGUUUGGACGAACCAGAGUCUAUUGCUUUCAGUCUCACACAAUGGAAACCAACGACGAAACCCCCAAAGCCAAGGCCUUAAGCUUUGAUUUCCUCAGCAAGAAGCCCUACUCUCCUCCUUCUUGGGGCUCCCAUCUCAAACCCAUUCCUUCCCAUGUCUUCUCUCUUGGUCAUCUUCCUACUCCAAUUCACAGGUGGAAUCUGCCUAAUUUGCCCCAAAACACGGAGGUUUGGUUGAAGCGUGACGAUCUCUCAGGCAUGCAACUGAGCGGUAACAAAGUUAGGAAAUUGGAGUUCUUGUUGGCGGAAGCAGUGGCCCAGGGCGCUGAUUGCAUCAUUACAAUUGGCGGCAUCCAAAGCAACCACUGCCGCGCCACCGCUGUCGCUGCUAAGUAUUUGAAUCUAGACUCUUAUCUUAUACUCCGCACCUCUAAGCUUCUUGUUGAUAAAGAUCCGGGAUUGACAGGCAAUCUGCUGGUGGAGCGUUUUGUGGGAGCUCAUAUUCAACUUAUUUCAAAAGAAGAAUAUGCAAAAAUAGGGAGUGUUGCCCUUACUAAUGUUCUGAAAGAACAGUUGCUAAAGGGAGGCAGGAAGCCAUAUGUUAUUCCUGUUGGCGGAUCAAACUCCUUAGGAACCUGGGGCUAUAUUGAGGCAAUUAGAGAAAUUGAACAGCAGCUUCAGGCAAGAAGCAAUGGAGUAAAAUUUGAUGAUAUUGUUGUAGCAUGUGGCAGUGGGGGUACAGUUGCUGGUCUUUCAUUGGGAUCAUGGCUUGGAGCAUUGAAUGCGAAAGUUCAUGCUUUUUGUGUUUGUGAUGAUCCCAUUUACUUCUACGACUUUGUUCAAGGCUUGAUUGAUGGACUUCAAGCAGGUGUUGACGCACGUGAUAUUGUUAGCAUCCUAAAUGCUAAAGGACUAGGUUAUGCAAUUAACACAUCUGAGGAGCUUAAAUUUGUCAAGGAAAUUGCUGAAGCAACAGGUGUUGUUCUUGACCCAGUUUACAGUGGGAAAGCUGCUUAUGGAAUGAUGAAAGAUAUGGCUGAGAAUCCAAAAAAGUGGGAGGGCAGGAAGGUCCUCUUCAUACACACAGGUGGACUCUUUGGGUUGUUUGACAAGGUUGACCAAAUGGCUCCAUUGGUCGGGAACUGGCAUCGAAUGGACGUCAAUGAAUCUAUUCCAAGGAAGGAUGGUGUAGGGAAAAUGUUCUAAAGAGCAGCCGGUAAUCAUGCAUUAUUGUUCUGUAAUAUAUCCAUAGUCCAAAUUUGGUGCAUGAAAAAUAUAUAUAUUUUUAUAUUUAUGCAUGUACUCUUGUAGCUAUAUUAAGAAAUGUUCAUUGUAAUUGAUAUGGCACCAAACUAAUUUAUAGUUAUGGUGUAAUUUAGCAUUUCUUUUUUCAGGUAUAUAAGGAUUUUGAGUUGAAGUGUGGUAGGUAAUCGUUUUUCAUAUGAAUCUUCAUCCAUCUUAGGAUUCUUACUCAAGAUGCCC